AUGUGUAAAUACAAAAAGGAAAAGUCACUGAAGAUUACAGAAGAAGACAGACUGCCUGGGGUUGUGUAUAUUUGUCACGUGCCCCAUGGCUUCUAUGAAAGACAGCUCUCUAGCUACUUCUCCCAGUUCGGCAAGGUGCUCAGUGUCAAACUUUCUCGCUCCAAGAAGAACGGUAAAACAAAAGGAUAUGCCUUCGUCAAAUUUAAAGAUUCAGCUGUCGCCAAGACUGUAGCAGAUGCCUGCCAUAACUACUUGUUUUUUAACAAACUUUUGAACUGUGAAUACAAGCCCAUGCCUGAAGUCCAUGAAAACACAUUUUUCAAAUUUAAAUGGAGACCAACAACCAAACGUCAACAUAACAGCGCCAAGACAACAGAAAAGUUAGAUGAGUCAGUUGAGUCACCCAGGAGGUCAGCGAGGAAUCAGACAAAAAAGUUGGAGAAAUUAAAAGAGUUCAGGAUAGACCUAAAGCUGGAGGACAUCAUGGCUGUCCCGAAAAUUCAACCAAAACAACUGAAGAAAAAGUCAAAGGAAGCACCCACACCAAAAGAGUAA